UGAUAAAAAUAAGAUAAUGCUGACAAAACAGCAUUAGCCAUCGCGUAUUAUUUUACGAUCAUAAUUAUCUAAAAAGUGUAAUACAUUGUCCAUAUCAAGGUUUUCGUAUAAAAGAAAUUGUCACGCAAAACACCGACAUGCAAAAAGUUUAAUAAUUCUGAUCACCUAUAGCACAUAAAUAGCGGGUAAUUACAAGGAAUUCGGUAAUGAAUGACCAAAACAACGAAAAAGGGGCGACGACUCACCGGGAGGAAACCACACAUGCAAUGAGCAAGAAGCGCAUCGUAAAAAACAUAGCAGCGGUAUGCACUGGUGUAUUUACUCUCUUCACCGCCUAUGAUGGGCCUACCAUGCUACAAAGUACCAUGAACAAAGAACAGGGGAUCGGUGUGGCCAGCCAAGCCAUCAUGUAUGGCGCAUUUAGCAUAUCGGCACUCCUGUUACCAAAGUACGUUAUCAAGAAAUUUGGAAGCAAACGGACUUAUAUGUUUUCUAUGAUGGCUUAUGUUCCGUAUAUUGCGGCAAACUUUUAUCCUCAUUGGGAUGUUGAGGUACCGGCCUCCAUUUUGAUUGGUCUAGGCGCUGCCCUGUUGUGGGGUGCCCAAGCCACUUAUUUAAACGACGUAUCUGUCAUGUACGCCGAACUUUGUGUAUCGGAAAAGUUCCACAGCAUUUUUACCAUUAGUCGUUCGAAAAUGGGUAGUUACUUUGAUGUGAUGGUGCAAGGUACGAAUAACAUCCUGUUUCCUCGUUACUCUAUGCCGGAUUUUAAAAUCUCAAACGAUGAGCAUCUGAAAGGUAAAAAAUAUUCAUUGGACAGCGACGAGAGGAAAGUGAACUUUAUUGAAAAAUAUUUAACCGAUGUUUCUGUCGUUGCUAUUCCAGAGGCCAGUAAGUCUACUAAAAGAAAAUCGAUCGAUUUCGAUUCGCCAUUAGAGAGCCGCCAUUUUGAAGAAUCGUUGAAAAAGAAAUCAGUUGUUCACGGAGAGACCCAUAACUUGGUGGUAAGAAAAGUCGAAACCAUCACGGCUCGCGUGUUUGGUAUACAUGGCAUGUCUUACCUCGUUUGCCAUUUGUCAGGUAAUUUGCUGUCCUAUUUAAUUCUCAGCACUGGGGAACUGCCUCGUAACUAUUUAAAUAGCACCACAAGUUGCGGUUGCGGUGCUCGUUACUGCAAUGGAAAAUCUACGUGCUUCAUUGACAACGUAGAAGAAGUGUCGACCGACACAAGAAACCUGUUGUCGAGUGUCUGUGUUUCUCUGGCGAUAGUUGCUGUCUUGGUUGUUGCUUUGUUCGUGGACCCUUUGGAAUCUAAAACGGAGGCGGAGCCAUUCAAUUUGAAAUUUUUAAUGGCUACCUAUAAACUGGCUAAACGCACUGAUUUGAUAUUACUUAUUCCAUCAUCUUUUUACAUUGGACAAGUACAAGGUUUUUACACGGGAGAGUUUACAAAGGCUUACAUUGGGUGUGCUUGGGGUACUUACCACGUGGCACUUGUUUCCAUCUGCUACGGAUUGUUCUGCGCGCUGUUCGCAUCCACAUCGGGGUGGAUGGUGAAGGUGGUGGGGAGAGAGUGUGUAUUCUCAUUGGCUGCUCUGUUGAAUGUCGCGUCUAUCGCUCUGCUUCUUCUGUGGGAGCCCAAUUCUGUCAACACACACAUUUUCUUCGUAUUCGGUGGAAUGUGGGGAGCAUACAUUGGAAUCAUCUGGUCACAACUUCGUGCCUUUUACGGCGUCCUAUUCAAAGCUGAAGAAGAAGCGGCUUUCGCUGCCUUUCAUGUGUGGUAUGCUCUUGGUUUCUGUUUGUCAUUCGCCUACAGCAAUUACUUUUGUACCUACAUCAAAAUAUAUGUAUUAUUAGCGAUAUCUAGUCUUGGUUACAUCGGUUACUUUAUUGUGGAAAAGAAGUUUUCAAAAGCUAAAAUUAAAAAAUGAAUUAUUUUUCUUACUUAACAUGAUCUGCACUUGUAGAAGGUUUUUGACUCACUAAGAACCAUUGUUACGCUGACGAAUUACGUUUCGUUGUUCCUAAAUAUGUUCGACUUCAUAUAAUUAAAGUGUUUUUCAGUGAUUCAAACCAGGAAUGUUCGGAUGUGGUUCGUAAAGAGAGAAAAAAAUUAAAACGAUCCUCAUACUGUUACAAUUAUAGAAUAAAACUUGUUUUCUUCUGGAA